AUGGCGUCAACUUCUACCGAGAUCGAGAUACAUGCGCAUCACUCCGCCGACGUGACCACGCCAUCAGAGGCCACCAGCUCCUCCAAUUCAUCAUCGGCUUCGAACGAUGCUGACCACUUGCGGAUUCAUGCCCCUGUGCCUCAGCGGCCGAGGCUCCUGAGCCGAAAGAGCAGCGGACCUCUCGUCAUUCCCCGCGAGGACGACGUCGGACCCGUGGACAUUCAGUUUGGUCCCGAUGACGUACGCGCGAUGAGUCCGCGAAGGACAAGCGAGGACAUCGAAGCCAUGGGGCGAGAAGCCAGGGAGGAGUUGAGGAGACAAGCCAAGGCACUCCAAGACUCAUUGCUGGCCAUAUUCCAACAAAUCGAGGCGGUUCGAGAAGAGCACGACAAGCUCGAUAGCAACAACAAGUUUCUACAAAAGUAUAUUGGGGACUUGAUGAGCACGAGCAAGAUUACUGCUAUCGACGGCCGCCAGAAGAAGUAG